GUUGCUACGGCAAUGCUUUGAUUGCUUUGGAACAUGGCGGACAGUGGUGGCCAGACAGCUGCAUGCAAUAACAUUUUAGUAGAUAUUAAGUGUGGAAAGUGUAAUAAAGUGGUGAGAAACGGCAUACUAUGCGAUAAUUGUGAUAAAUGGUAUCAUUUUAAUAAGUGUAGCAAUGUAAAUGAAGACAAAAUACCUGAUAAUCAAUGGCUCUGUGCUUCAUGCUCACGACAAAAUGCUCCGGAAAGUGAGGUUAUGACUACGCAGUAUGUUGAGUGUGAAGCUAUCCGUAAGUUGUUAGAGGAAAUAUCGUCAUUGCGAGAAAUGAUAUCUAUCUUACAAAGGGAAAGAGAUCAAGAAGUACAUCCUCCAGUACAUUUUGAAAACGAAAUUGGUUGGAGCCAGGCAGCUAAAGGAUGAAUAAACAUGAAUGAAUGAAUGAAUGAAU